AUGUUCGACACGGUCUGCACGCUUCCACUCUCCUCGGACCUGUUCACUCAGGCUAUCCACCCUGAGGAGCCGGUAGUCUCUGUUGGUCUGGCCUCGGGCCACGUGCAGACUUUUCGAUUGCCUUCUUUGGAAACCGAAGAAGAUGAUGAUGCUGCCUCUAACUCAUCUGCCCGCAAUGGAAAGGGCCACAUCGAUACAAUGUGGAGAACGCGGCGGCACAAGGGUAGCUGCCGCACCCUCGGAUUCGGCACUGACGGCCAAGUGCUCUACUCAGCUGGUACAGAUGGUCUAGUAAAGGCUGCAAGCUCUGAGACUGGUCAGGUUCAAAACAAAAUUGCUAUUCCUCCUAUGAAGAAUGGCUCCAUCGAUGCCCCGACCAUGAUUCAUGCGCUUUCUCCUCAAUCCCUUCUUCUCGGCACCGACUCGAGCGCUCUCCAUAUCUACGAUCUUCGCAUCCCAUACUCAAAGGUCUCUGCUCGCCCUGAGCAGUCGCACCACCCUCACGACGACUAUAUCUCCUCUCUUACUCCUCUGCCGGCCUCCGAUACUAGCACUUCGGGCUUUAGCAAGCAGUGGGUUACCACUGGUGGAACAACCCUAGCUGUGACGGAUCUACGACGUGGUGUCCUGGUGCGCAGCGAGAACCAGGAAGAAGAACUUGUCAGCUCAAUUUACAUGGGUGGUUUGCCGUCCAGUGGAACCAGUCGGGGUGAAAAGGUGAUCGUCGGUGGAGCCAGCGGCAUCCUGACUCUUUGGGAGAAGGGUCAAUGGGACGACCAAGAAGACCGUAUCUACGUCGACCGCAAUGCCGAUGGCGGAGAUGCUGUUGAAGCAAUGGCUGUUACGCCUGACUACAUGGGUAAGGUGGUUGCCGCAGGCCUCGGAAACGGCAAAGUGAAGUUUGUGCGCAUCGGACCCAACAAGGUUUUUGCUGAGGUUGUGCACGAUGAAAUCGACGGUGUUGUGGGCUUGGGCUUUGAUGUCGAGGGCCGCAUGAUUUCUGGCGGCGGGCAAACCGUCAAGGUCUGGCACGAGGGGGAGAACGAUGGCGAUGGCGGAUCCGGCGACGAAGACAUGAUGGAUGACAGUGAUGAUGACAAAGACUCAGACAGUGAGGCGGAACCUGAGCAACGCGAGGAGCCAAGGGAGCGCAAGAAGCGCAAGAAGGGCAAGAGCAAGGACCAAAGUGGUGGACAGCAUGUUAUGGCCUUUCACGACUUGGACUAA